GAGAAAACGUUUUUUCUUUGUCUGUAUUCCCCUAAAAUUAUCCGCCGCUCCAUAUAGAUAACAAGAGUGCUAAACAGCCUCGAAAGAUAGAUUUUUUAUUUAUUUAUUUUUCUUCCAAAGCUGGGUGCAAAAUUUCAACAGAUGCACCUGCAACUCCACCACAAUGGAAUCUUUGGGCCUUUGAAUUCGCACUGGCACCAUGACAUUCGCUCUUUUUCUUCACCUACUCGUGACUGAGAAAGGGUGAGCGUUUUUCUCCGGUUUUCACUAGCCCCAAAUCCAUAUAUCACGUUUCUUUUUUUUUUUUUCUUUGUUUUACUGUUGGUUAUAGCCAUCCAGUCUUUGUUCAUGGUGGCAUUCAUACAUCAAAUCUGCGGCUUGGUUGGCAAAGGUUUCUGGUGAGAACUGCUCAUUUCAGUUGGUGGGUAUUGCCGCCUUGCCGGUAUUGCAGCUCAUUGUGGCUCCGGAUUAGGUAAUUUCAAGAACAGUCUUUUAUCAAUUUGCUGUAAUGCAUUCUAUGCUGUUUCUUUGAUGGAGAAUUUUGUCGGAAAUGGGUUCGUAUUAUUAUAGUUUUUGGAGUGUAGUAAAAUAGUAAUUGCUACUGUUUGGUUACUGGGUUAUUUUCACCGAUUGAGUUUGCUGUUAUCUACUUAUCUGGAGUUUCUAGGGUUGACAGGAGUUCCAUUUUGUGUUCAGGAAAAAAAAAUUAAGAGAAAAGAUUGCCUAUGACUGAUUGGAGACAUUUUACUGCAUUGAUCUGAUGUUGGUAUUGAUAAUUUAAGGACUCAGAUUCUCUGGCAUUAAUUAGAUAUUCUGAUUGUUCAAAAGAGGAAUGCAUUUAAUUUGGAACCUAGGUUAUUAGUGGUUGGAUUGAAAUGGAUGCUUGGAUUGCAGCCGUUGCUGCUGGUGCUGUCUAUUUUGCUCAGCACUGGAAAGAUCUGUUGAAGGGUAAAGCGAAUUCUGGGGAUUCUCCUCAUCGGAGUCCUAGAAUUUCGAAACACAAUUCAUUGCCGAAUAUUCAUCAAGCCCUGGAUAAGGAUUGUACUUCCCCAGGAAUGAUGUUGAGAAAGGGUUCAGCUGAAGAUGUGUCUAGGGCAAGGGAAUUGGGCCGCGAAGAUACUGUGGCUGAAGUGGCUUCUACAAAUGGUUUAUUCAUCGGGAAUCUGGGGAUAUUGGAUUAUCCUCAUAGUUCUGAUAAUGCGUCUUCUUGUUCAAAUUCCUUAGUUGGGUCCAAGUGUGACAAAAAAGUUCAAGAGUGCCGGGAAGGAGCUUGGGUAGGUGGUGACAUCAAUGAGGUUGUAGAUGAUUUAUCGGUUCACCCUAAUACAAUACAAAUGGGAUUUCCUCAUGGUCUUCCCAGCAGGAGACACCGUCUUAGAAGUAGAAAAACUACUAGACAUAUCUUGAAUCCUUCAAUUUUUCUUGAAAGUCCAGUGGCUCAGUUUUCCUCGGAACAAAUAGAACGGGAGUAUAUUUUCGGUUCUGUUCCUUUACAACCAACACCAAGGGCAUUUCUGGUUACUGAUGGAAGUGUAAUUAUUAGCAGAAAUAGCGGUGAUUCUUUUGGUAUGCCGGUUAGAACUGAGCUGGAUAAACUGCAAAAGAGUGUUAUUCCACAAGGGGAGACAAGUAUAUCCGGAGUUCCUAAACUACCAAAUGUUGAGCCCUCGGAAGUCCAGAGAAAAGCCAGUGCUAGUAAAAAGGAUCAAGGCAGGAUAUGUUGCAAUUCCAGCAGAAGCACACACAGUAAACACCGUCGGUCCAAAGGGUCAUCUGAUGAAGCCUUUCUUCUCUCUCUCGGGGCAUCGGUUGGCUUUUUCAUUUCUUUCUUGUUAUAUAAGAAGGAAAGAGACGAAUUGAAUAACAUAUUGAAGCAGAAAGAUAAUUUGGUUCAAGAUCUACAAGACGAACUUGAAAUGAAGGAUUCAUUAACCGUGAAAGAACUUGCCACGGAGGACUACGAGUCAGAAUAUACGCGAAUUGAUGUUUCUACCAAUGAGGCCUUGUAUUCACUUGCUCCUCAACAGAAUCUGAACGACAGUUCAGAAUAUUGUGUUGAAGAAUAUCACAGCCCGCACACAGAAGAGGAGGAAUCUAGGAGUCAAAUUGAAGCAGAGCUCGAGGCAGAACUGGAGAGACUAGAACAAAGUAUGACUUCAACUAAAUUGGCGGGGAAAUUAACAGAACUAGUUGAGCUUGACCCGGACUUCAUUCCAGAUUUAGCAGAGGGGGAGUUACGGGAUGAUGAUGUCUUUGAUAGAACGGAACCCCUAAAUUAUGCAGAUCGGGAUGAAAGUACCAACCCCACUCCUUACUCUGCUAACUACAGUGUCUCACCUAGAGAACUAAGUUUGCGGCUAUACGAGGUCAUUAAUUCACAGCUGGAAGAACGCAACAGGGAGCUCGAGACAGAAGUUGAAAAUCUCCAGAGGAAGGCUCGCUACAUGGAAGUAGUGCUCACUAAUUCUUGCCGAGAAUUCUCUAACAGCGAGGCAGGGUCUUCUUCUGCUCAAGGGAGUCCGGUCACUAGAGAUGAAGUCGACUGUGUGGUCAUGAAUUUAGCGGGAGAGGCUCUUGAUGCAUACAAUGACGGUUAUGAUGAACUCUCGAAAAUAAUUGAGUCAGAAGAAGACGAGAUGGCAUCAGGGGCCGGGAAGAUCCAACGUCAGGAACUUGUGCAGCCUCUCAGGAACUUGUGCAGCCUCGUGAUCAUGAUCUAUAUCAGUUUCAUAAUGGUACGCUGAUUGAUGAGAACGAGGAUCGCGAUGAAGUGGAAAAGCUUUUGAUAGAGCAGAUUGUUGAGAAAGUUAGGAAAGGCAAUCCUGCAGUUUUUAGUGCUCAGAAAGCAUUGUUUUACCUUGAUGAACAAUGAACAUUGACAUUAGCUAAACCAGAAAAUGAACACAGAAAAGAAAAAGGUAUAGAAGUUUAACUUGUCAUACUGAGUCUUUCUAUUGCGGUUUCCAUCUCUUGCGCGGUUUUUUGUCCCGUGCACAACUUCGAGUAGUGGUUGCGAGUUUUCUUUCAGUUUGUAGUACAAACUUAGUCAUUGAGUUAUAUGCACGACCAUCUUUAACCCUCAAGUUAUGCACAAAAUGAUAAUUUUAGUC